AAAAACUAACCGCUUUAUUAGCCUUUGAUCCUCCACGUCUCUGAAACUCUUUAUUUAAAAUUCUUUUCUCUACAAUCAAAAAUACCCAAUUCCACCGAACCCUAAGUAUCAGAAUCUCAAAUCCAAGAAUCCGACCCGAUUUCAAAAAUAUGUGUAGUGUCAAGCCUCCGCCGUGUCAGACCGUGAUCCGUUCGGUAUUCGCCGAGAAUUUGGAGGCUGAACUCAAGAUUAUUGGAUCGUUAGUCGAUAGUUAUCCCAUUAUCUCGAUGGAUACGGAGUUUCCGGGCGUUGUUGUCCGAUCGGAAAAAGAUUUCCGGUUCCAAGAUCCGACUGAAAACUAUAUCAGCUUGAAAGCUAAUGUCGAUAUGUUGAAGCUGAUCCAAAUCGGGCUCACCCUAUCUGACGAUAAGGGGAAUCUGCCGGAUCUCGGGUCGGGUUCGAAGUGUUACAUAUGGGAAUUUAAUUUCAAGGACUUCAAUAUCAGGUGCGACGCACAUGCGCACGACUCGGUCGAGCUGUUAAAACGCCAAGGGAUUGAUUUUGAGAAAAAUCUUGAACUCGGGAUCGACUCGGUGCAAUUCGCUGAAUUGUUGAUGUCAUCGGGUUUGGUGUUAAACGAUGCCGUUACGUGGGUUACAUUCCACAGCGCGUAUGAUUUUGGGUACUUGGUCAAAUGUUUGACGCAGCGAGUUCUGCCUGACAACUUAAAAGAAUUCUUGAAUGUCGUGAGUGUUUUCUUCAGGGGAAGCGUAUAUGAUGUGAAGCAUUUGAUGAGAUUUUGUUCGAAUUUGCACGGCGGGUUGGAUCGGGUUGGGAAGGCAUUGAAUUUGGAGCGGUUAACUGGGAAGAGCCAUCAAGCCGGGUCAGAUAGCCUGUUUACGCUGCACGCGUUUUCGAAGAUUAGAGAGAUGUAUUUUGGAGGAGAUGAUGAUGGACUUGAAAAGUAUGCAAAUGUUUUGUAUGGUUUAGAAGUUUAUGAAUGAAUGAAUUGAAUAAUGAUAUGAUAUGAUCAAAGUUGUUCCCUGUACACAAUUGGGUGAUUUCAAUAUUAAAAAAAAAUUAGUUCAGUUUAA